AAACUGCGACUUUAUUGUGAGGAGUCACACUCAAGAGAAUUUAGUACCGUUUCUGAAAAAGUAUAAACCCUGGUUUCGAAUCCAUUUUUGAUGUUUAGCUAUCAUAAUUUUAAAUCAUGAUUUUUUUGCAAGUGGCAUAAAAGUCUGAUUCCGAUCCAUUAAUGUUCACGUAGCAUGUAACGCAAACCCCUUCACUCACGUUGCACUUAUAAUUGCAUCCACGUACUAAUGCACGUACGUUCAUUCACCAACACAAACAGAAAUAAAUACAAAUCGUGCAAACAAAAUCGCAAGUGCGUUUUUUGUUUAGAUCAUCAGCGAAUGCAGUGCGCAUCAACAGUGACAUGACCGCAACAGCAAUUUUCCCAGUCCAUUGUGCCAAACCGGCCCCAACUUUGCCGGAACCGGGUGUGGCAAAUCGGUACGACAAUGGCUACCUUCGGAUCAAGUGCCACAAGCUGGAGCUCGCACAAAUCACUCUUGGCCUCAUCGCACUCGCCCUGACCCAGCCGGACUAUUUGGCAGGCCAAACCGGGUUCGGGUACGUGUUCCAGUUUCUGGCGCUGCACCUGCCCCUUCUGACGGCCGUCGCCCUGUGGGACGGCCUCAGUGGGAAGCGGCUAGCGACCGUGUUGCAGCUGGGCCCGGUUUGGGAGCUGUACUUUAACUUUGGCGCGGCCACCCUGUACUACGUGGGAUCGUUUGCCGUGCUCGGCACCUCGAUUGGGCACUACAACCCGAGAACGAACAUCCUGGCCGGGGUGGCCGGGAUGUUGGCCUGCCUGGGGCACGGCUACCAGUGGUGGGUGCUGUUUAGGGAGAACGCACUGAGGCGCGCUGUUGAGGAUGAGGUUAGGGAAGCCGUUCGAAACGAGAGGGUGACCGGUGGAGUGGUGAAUGUUUGAAGGAAUCGUUGAUGUUAUGAUUUUUAGAAAUAAAACAAACAAACUAGGGGAAAUCUACCCUUUCCAAUCAAACACCUAUCUUCGUCAUA